AUGACAUUAUUAUAUAACAUGAACACCCGUACUCCAAUCACUUCAGGUGGAAAUCCCCUCUUAGCCUCCGUCUGGGGUUCUCUUGCGGCUGGUCCGUUCAGUUUGAUGCAUGCUGGUUACGGUUUAGGUGCUGCAGUUGCUCCUCUUCUUGUGGCCCCGUUCACUAUUCGACCAUACAUUGAGAAUGAAACAAAAACAUUGAACACAACUAAUUCAACAGUGCAGCUCGCGGAUGCGGUAGACAGUGACGAGGUGAACAAUCCACUGAACGCCCUGCUCAGUCCGAAUUCCACUGAAUCCGCUCUGAUUCAACCCGUUGUUCCGUAUAGCCUGGUUGGAUUGGUUCUUCUUAUUUGUGCCGCUUUCUUCAUUCCAUUCGAUGGGAUUCCAUGGAGCCGAUUGUGCCGUUCCCACGCGGGAUCACCGUUGACGCGACAACCCAAUGUGGUAAGUUUGUAUCCUCUCCCUCCCCCAGAAAACGUCAUUGAAUGA